AGGCCUUAAUUUCCCACUUUUACCCGUGGUGGUCGGCCUGACUCCAUGACCAUGUGUUAUAUCCCCUCAAUUUUAUACCUUCCUUACGGUAAAAUAUAAAUUCCCCUAACAUUUUCAGUGAAUUUCACCAAAUAAAACGAUCUGAUGUGUGUGCAUGUGUUUUUUACAGAAUAUAUUACCACUUUCUACAACUGAUUUCUCUUCUCUUAAACUUGGACCACAGGCUCUUUUCUACAUUUUUAAAGCGCCGUGUUGCUCUUCCUGAAAUGAGUUUGGUGCUUAGAAAUCUGCAGCGAGCUGUGCCCAUCAGGAGGGCGCCCCUUCGCAAGAAGAUGGAGAUUGUGAGGAGUAUAUUAGGGGUGCAGAAAUUCGACCUGGGGAUCAUCUGUGUUGACAACAAGAAUAUUCAGCACAUCAAUAGAAUCUACAGAGAGAAAAACAUCCCAACUGAUGUGCUUUCCUUUCCAUUUCAUGAGAAUAUAAAAGCAGGGGAACUUCCCCAGCCUGAUUUUCAAGAUGACUACAAUUUGGGUGACAUUUUCCUAGGAGUGGAGUAUAUCUUCCAGCAGUGCAAAGGAGAUGAGGACUACUAUGACAUCCUUACUGUGACUGCCACCCAUGGGCUCUGUCACCUGCUGGGCUUCACACACAGCACAGAGGCGGAGUGGCAGGAGGUAGGAGCUGUCCUCCGGGCCUCCAGCACAGAGGGUGCAGUGCCCCAUGCGCCAGGUGCCCAGGAACCAGGGCUGCCUGAGCUGUCCCUGCAAUGUACCAGAAGGAGAAGCAGGUUCUCGAGGAGCUGAGCCGGCGCACCGGGACCAGGCUCCAGCCUCUGAGCAGAGGCCUCUUCUGAUGAUGCUGGAGGCCCAGCAGCCGGGUGGCACCCAAGGAAUUCUCCAGAGCACAGAGACACCAUGUGAACAGCAGAUAGACCCUCCCUUUCAGGCCCUGAGGACCAGGGACUCCACCAAACUGAGGGCCCUGCUGGUCACUGCUGCUCUGUGGGGCCACAGGAGUGACACAGACUCAGGGGCAAAAUUACACAAGUGGAACCUGACUGUUUUGUGAAAGUAUAAAAGAAAUGUGCAUUCCUUUCUUCAUUUAGAACCUAGCAAACAUAUUUUCAGUAUUGCAGAUAAAGUAGUUCUAAGCUCUUAGGAUGCAGAGUUGGAGCACAGGACCUUCAUCCCUUGGGGUUCUGCCUGUGGCCAGAGCAUUUGUCUCUCCUGCCUCUGCAGCCUGCUCCGGAGAAUAGAACAGGCAGCCCAGGGUUCCUCCUUCCUACAGGAACACCGUUGGCUUCAGUCUCCACCUACCCUCAAGAGCACUGUGACCUGGAACCUUCGCUUGGUGCCUUUAUGAGGGAGGGACAAGGCUGACCCUUAGGGUGGCUGCAAGGCCCAGGACAGCCUCAGCCAGGUGACCCACAGCGGACAUCUCCUGCCCGUCCCAGCUCCCGAGGCAGGCACAGCCCCUGGUCAGGGGUUUGCUUGUGGACCCUACCUAAGUCUUCCUUCCCGUGGCUGGAGUCCUAGAACCCUGGAUCCCCCUGUCCACCCGCUGAGCUACGUCUCCUGGCUGCAGGAGGCGCCCUGAGCUCCAACUGCUGCAUCCCAUCCUCUUUGCCGUCAGUGUUUCCUGCCUUUUCUUCUGAUGCUGAAGUAAACGCAGGAGGCAUCACAGAGACUUACCCAAGCUGUUUCUGGGCCCAGGGCAUCACGGGAGCAGGCCACACGCGCUGAGCCGACCCCAGGCCUCCCAGGUGCUGGCAGUGGAGUCAGCAGCACCCCGAAUUCUGCCAGGGAGCUCUGAAGAGGUCACGGCAAUGAAACGCAGCCUCUCAGAGACUCUGUGGUCCUAAAAGCAGGGAUACUACAAUUCUGAGAAUCUGGUUUCUCCCAUGAAUCCACUUGAAAGACAUGAAAAUGCAUUUCCCACUGGAUUUAUCGUCAGCCUGGACUUUCCCAGGCCCUCGGGGACACAGAAUUGGGCUUGUGGCACUCCUGAAGCCUUGGGUAUGCAUGCCUGCUUACAGUGAAGCGCGUUCUCGGCAGAAAGUCUCAGCAAAGACCAAAGGUGACCCUGCAAAGCUCUUGGCUCUGCAGUUCUUUUUAAGAGACUGAAGGGAUCCCGAGACCUGCUACGCCUGUCAGCAGGAAUUUCGGACAUCCCCCAUGCCUCUCUGGUCAUGUCGGGGGCACAGGCAGAGUUCUCCCUGGGUAUGGGCCUCAGAGCAGAAUGGCUGGGGGGCUAGGGGUGGGGUAUCCAGCUUUAUCAGGCAAUGCAUAGUGCUUCCAAAGGACCUGAUUACUUGUCCCCCCCUGCAGCCCAUAGCAGUGACCCUGGGAUCCAGACCCCAACCCCCAUGCACCCUGACCCCUCCCUUGAUCACGUAUCCACUGAGGCUGUCCUGCAUUUCUCAUCACCAUUGCAUCCCCUCCACUGUAACUGCUUGUCUUAUGCUCAGUUUCCUUUUUUAUUUUUUAAGAUUUAUUGGGGGUGGAGGAACAGAGAGAGAGAGAGAGAAUCCCAAGCCGACUCCCCACUGAGCAAGGAGCCCAACCGACAACGGAUGACAUGGCCUCAGCCUCAUCACCCUGAGAUCAUGCCCUGAGCCAAAAUCAAAAGCUGGCCACGUAACCGACUGAGCCACCCAGGUGUCCCUCAUGCUCAUUUUUCUAUCGAUUUUUCUUUUUUAUGGAUUCAGAGGGGUUCUUACAUACAUUGAACACAACAGAGCACGUCAGGCAGUGUCCGUCUGACCUAAAUCUAAGAAAAGUCCUCCCCACCCAGCCAUGGAGCUCUGCCUUGGCUAUUUGAUUCCACCUGUCACUUCUGUCCGCCCCGACCUGGCUACCAUGCCCCGGUUCCAGAGCUUCUGCAAACCCAGCCUCUGCCAGGGUUGGUCCCUCCUCCUGCUCCAGGGGUCCCUUGGGUUCCUUGGCCCUCUACACUCCUGUGUGUAUUCAGAAAUGCAGUUAAUCUACCUCAGGCCUACGUGAGGAAGCCCCCAUAAAUCCCAACAGCACGGGGUUCAGAGAGCUUCCAGGGGGGUGCACACGUCCACACGGUGAGGGUGACGCACCCCACGGGACAGAAGUUCCUGUGCUCGCGACCCUCCCAGACCCACUCCACCCCUUAUCACCCCCUUAAAUAGACUGGUUAAUGUCAGUAAGGGUUGCCUGAGUUCUGUGAGCCGCUCUAACAAACUAAUCAAACCCGAAAAGGGGGUCAUGGGAACCUCUGCUCCCUGACCCAGUAGGUCAGAAGCACAGGGGACAACCUGAAUUUGCGGCUGGCACGGGGGAGUCUCAUGGGACUGAGUCUUUACAUGGGUGAAUGGUGUCAGAACUGAGUGUGGCUGCAGGACACCCAGCUGAUGUCAGAAUUAGCGACUAGAAGUGAUAGAAGGGUCUGUUCUAUGUGCGAGUAAAGGAGAUUCGCAGAGAAAACCUGGGUUUUCCUUACUCAGGACGCAGACAAAACAGUUUUUCCAAUUUAUUAGGCCAUCCCAAGAUAACCAACUUCCGCCAAAUUUAUUCCCUGUAUUGAACUAACAAUUAUGUUGAGAAAUAAAACCAAACAGGAAAACCA